AUGACUUCUCCCUCUGCUUUUAUAAAGGAGCUGGUGAAUAAAACAUGUCUACUGAGAUACAGUGUCUCCUUCAUCUGGUCCUUCACUGUGUCCAUGUUUAGCAUCGGGGGGUCACUGGGGUCACUGGGGUCGCUGGUGUCGGGUCAGCUAAUCUCAAAAUAUAUCAGGGUUUCACAGUCUUCCUGUCCCACAGAGAGAAUCAAUGUUGCAGCUCACAUCGUGUACGUUAUGGAACGUGUCCUGAAGAGCCUGGAGGGGGGCGCGGUGGCCAUCUCUACCUUCCUCUGCUUGAGGAGGUUCAGUGGUCAGCUGCUGGGGAUCAGUGAGUUGCUUGGUACAGAGAGGUGGCCCUGGCCUGGUUUCAAUGGUUUUACAGCGUUACUCCAGCUCUCCACCCUGCCCUUCCUGCCAGAGUCUCCCAGCUUCCUGAAGGAGAAGAACCGCCAGGCCUGCGAGAAGGCUCUAAGGAGGCUUUGGGGCAGCAAUGACGACAACAGGGCUGUGGAGGAGAUGUUGGAGGAGAAGGCGGCCCUCAGGAUGGAGCUCGUCACCGUCAUCGUUGUCUGCAUCACAGUGCAGCUCCGUGGCAUCAGCAGCGUGUACUUUUAUUCUGAAGAUGUGUUUGGUGCAGCAGGAAUCCAAGAACACCAGUUACGUUACGCCAGCGUGGGAAUAGGGCUGUGUGAGUGGGCCACCUCUGCAGAGAAACUGCAAUACUUUAGUUUUCUCAUGUUCCUGUUUUUCUGCGCCACCUGUGGCCGGUACGUGAAGUUCAACGUCCCUGAGACCAAAAAGCUGGCAGCACUGGAGAUUGCUGUGGCGUUUGAGGAGGCCAUCCAAAACGGGACUCACUCACUUCUCAAGACCAGCCACCAUCGCUCAAUCCGCUGGUUUCUCAUGCUUGGACCAAAGGUGACACUGGCUGUCAAUGACGUUGGCCACCUGAGCCACAUCGGUUUCAUUCGUUCUAGGCCAGAGCUGCUUCUUGCUUAA